CAGUGACAGUUGCUUCUCUCCUCGGCUUUGCCCCCCCCUCACCCCCUGCUUCAGCUCUUUUAGAGUCUAUGCUUCAGCUUCAUCACCAUCAUCAUCAUCACCAUCAUCAUCAUCAUCAUCAUCAUCAUCAUCAUCAUUUUCUUCAGCCUAAGCAGCAGCUUCAGCUUCAGCAGAAGCAAGAAGCAGCGUCCAUCGACAGCGUAGAGAACAAAUAAGCAGCACGCAUCUUCCAGAGGCGCUCCGCUCGAAGAAGAAGGAAGAUGGGGAAAUGGCAGUUGCAGCUGACCAAAUGUAAGGAUCAAGAAAGCAAACGAAAUCUUCAUUUAUGACACAAACACGGGUCUAUGCAUCAAUAGGAACUAUUUAAAGAACAAAAGAUAAAACCCCUUUGACGCCUGAGGAAACAUGGAUGUAUCUUCAUCCUCGCUGCAGUACGGAUCAAAAAAGCGGGUUAAGAUCCACCCAAACACAGUGACAGUGAAAUAUGCCACUCACUUCCCCCAGCCUGGCGAUGAAGGGUAUGAUGAUGCACCCUCUUUUGAGGACUUUGGCGCCUUUGCAGAAGCUAAUACGGGAAAGAGACUUGUGUCAGACAGCAAAGGUGGCAGGACUUUCUUUGGAACCAUGGAGACCCCGCCUAAGCAGCCAAGCGUGCAGAAAGACAAGGGGGUUGGGGGCCAGCUGGCCAGCUUUGGUGAGGCGAAUGUGUUGGCCUCCAGGGUGACCUGGAUGGCCUUGUUUGGGGCAGCGGUGGCUCACGGUUGUGUGGCACUGAUCACCCGUCUAGCAGCCGACCGCUCUAAAGUGCCCUCCCUUGAGCUGCUCUUCAUUCGCUCUGUGAUCCAAGUGCUGUCCAUCCUGGUGGUUUUCUACUACCACGAGGCCCCCUUUGGCCCUAAGGGCUACCGGCUACGUCUCUUCUUCUAUGGUGUCUGCAACGUAAUCUCAAUCACCUGCGCCUACACCUCCUUUGCCAUAGUACCACCCAGUAAUGGCACCAUCAUGUGGCGCGCCUCCACCACAGUCUUCAGUGCAAUACUUGCCUUCCUGCUACUGGAUGAGAGGCUGGGCUACACAGAUGUGGUCACAGUGGUGGGAAGCGUGUUUGGUCUGUGCCUGGUCAUGGUGCCAAACGUAGCAGAUGAGGAGAAGUCCAGGCUGGGGUUUUGGAAGGAGGCCUUUGGCUACACAAUGACAGUGAUGGCCGGCUUGACUGCCGCCCUCUCCAUGAUCGUCUACAGAGCCAUCAAGGAGCGUGUCAGCAUGUGGACGGCACUCUUUACCUUCGGCUGGACGGGCACGGUGUGGGGUGCCUCCACCAUGUUUAUCAUGCAGGAGCCCAUCAUUCCUCUAGAUGGGGAGACCUGGGGCUAUUUAAUUGGGAUCUGUAUCUGCUCCACCGUGGCGUUCCUUGGAGUCUACUAUGCUCUAAACAAGUUUCAUCCAGCCUUAGUUAGCACCGUGCAGCACCUAGAGAUCGUGGUUGCCAUGUUCCUCCAGCUCAUUGUUCUGAGGAUGAUCCCGUCCGUCUACGACGUCAUCGGAGGUCUGGUCAUCAUGGUCAGUGUGUUUACCCUGACAGGAGUCAAGCUGUACAGGGUGAGCAGGGCCAUUCGGCAGGAUUACCAAGAAAUCCUAGACUCGCCCAUCAAAUGAGUUUAGAUAUAUCAGUCUAUUUGUUUACAAUGUUGCUUGGUUGUGCAAUUUAAAGAAUGUCUGGAUCUUCAUCUGAUGAUUUUGUAUUGUUGUGUUGUUGGAAGAGUGCCAGUUGUGUAACUAAUGUCUUAAUAUUUGUGUGUGAAAUAAAAGACAAAUGUAAUAUGGUGACCUUCCCCCCCUGAUAGUACUGCUUUAAUGUCAAAUUGUGUCAAACACCAACAAUGUCAGUAAAAAAAAAAAAAAAAACAAUUUAAUUUUUGUGAUAUGUUUUUCUCCGACAUUUGAAACCAUAUUGAAUAUGGUCUUGUGAGUGGCAGUGUAUGGAGAUCAUUUUAAUGAUAUGCACCUUUUAUAAUCAAAACAUCAACAAUGUGUGGUGUAUCUCUCUGUUACACUGCCACACCUGUCACACUGUGUAAAUG